AUCAAAGACAAAAUGCGCAUUAGCAGAUUGGCUUGCUCCGUUUGCAUUGAGAGAUGAGGUCUCUGUUAGGGAUGGGCAGAUGCACACCAAGGAUAUGAUAGAUAGAGCAGACGUAUCCUUGUCAGUCAAAAAUGCCGAAUAAUUCUGUCCACAAGGCGUAUCGAUUCUUUUCUUCUUGUCCCCUGCUGCAAGACAGGGAAAAAAAAGAAGCGUUUGUUGAGGCCGGACACAAGGCUGCUCAUCCCGCGGAGCUUACUCCGUAAAACGAGCGAAUUCAUCAGAGAUGUGAACAAGGGGAAACCAUGCUGAUUCGCGCGAGAACACGCUGCAGGGAUAUAUAUUAUUUCCUCUGCUUCCAGGGAGGAGAAGCGUGAAAUGGACCAGUUCCAGCGCAAAAUCAGAGACUCGGAGCGGGCAGAAGGAGAUAUACGCCGUAAGCCUGGGCACGGCAGCUCCGCAAAUGGGGAUUUCCAGCGACUUGGCCUGCUGGGAAAUGAAAAUGAAAAUGAAAGACCUGAAGUGAAGAAGAUGAGCCCUGUCUGAGCAGCACGAGUUACCAUGUCUUCUUCAAACCGCAGUUCGCUGCACCAGGACGCCGACGGCCUGAAGCGCCUUUCCAAAGUCUCCUCCGACGCACGUCAGGUCGAAGAGGCAAUCUCUAACCCGGGCGCCGUCAAGAUCAACGUCCAGGGCGCUUUCAUCGUCGACGACGAAUCGCAGUCAAGGAGCCCCGUGGAAGGAGAGGGCGUUGUUCGCCGCGAGAGUCAGGAUAUCCGUCUUCCUCAUCAUACUGGCGUCGUCAGCCAUGUCGCCGUAGAUAUCGGUGGUUCCCUUGCGAAGCUAGUCUAUUUUACACGCGAGCUUGACUCCGCUGACAACGGUGGUCGCCUGAACUUUACGAGUUUUGAAACCCAUCGUAUAGACCUUUGCAUCGACUUCAUCCGCCAGCUGAAGGAACAGCACGAACGUCUCAAUGGCUCCGAACCAGACGAACUGUGCGUUAUGGCCACCGGUGGAGGUGCCUAUAAAUAUUAUGACAAGCUGAAGAAAGCACUCAACGUUGACAUUCUACGGGAGGACGAGAUGGCAUGCUUGAUUACUGGUCUUGACUUCUUCAUCAACGAGAUCCCGAACGAGGUAUUUACGUAUAGUGAAUCGGAACCCAUGCAGUUCGCUGAAACCCGGCCCGAAGUCUAUCCGUAUCUCUUGGUCAACAUUGGUUCGGGCGUGUCAAUGAUCAAGGUGUCGGGACCCAGGCAAUUCGAACGCGUCGGUGGAACCCAUCUGGGUGGUGGCACGUUCUGGGGCAUCAUGUCUUUACUGACCGGUGCCCGGAGUUUCGAUGAAAUGCUGGCCAUGGCUGAUCGCGGAGACAAUAGCGGGGUUGAUAUGCUUGUCGGGGAUAUCUACGGCAUGGACUACAGCAAAAUUGGACUGAAGUCCACGGCCAUCGCCAGUACGUUUGGCAAAGUCUUUCGUAUGAAGAACGCGGCAGAGAAACACGCAGAAGAUGGGGAGGGGCUGUAUACCGAAUUAGACCAACACGAUGGCGAGACAGUCUUCCGCCCGGAGGAUAUGAGCCGGAGCCUAUUGUACGCCAUAAGUAAUAACAUCGGGCAAAUCGCAUAUUUGCAAUCCGAGAAACACAAAGUGACUCACAUAUACUUCGGCGGCUCCUUUAUUCGCGGCCAUCUGCAGACGAUGAACACUCUUUCCUACGCUAUUCGAUUCUGGUCCAAAGGCGAGAAACAGGCUUACUUCUUACGACAUGAAGGCUACCUCGGCGCCGUCGGUGCAUUCCUGCGAAGACAGCCCGUCAACUGGGGUCGUCGAAACAGCCUUGACGACUCGAUCUUGAAACGGUGACUUACAGAAGCAGUAUCGAAACGCGUAAUGGUUGAAGUUCCCGAGAAGCAGCCUUGCCCUUGGGUGUCGACGAGUUCGAUGUUUUGGACCGUAGCCGGUAUAUGCUUUCGUUUCCCGACAUACACUGUAAUCUACAUAUUAGCGAUAUACUUACUGUACAUACAUUGGUUAGGACAAUACAGGACUAGUCUCAAUUAUUCUAUUAACG